AUGACAUUUGGGCAUUUUAUGAGCAUGACCGCCAUUGUUUCUGGCUUUCGGGAAUCGCUUAACUCUUCGCAUUGUACUAGUCAAAGUACCAAUGCCGCCGCACUGAGAGUCUCUUGGCCGAAAUCGUAA